AUGCCUAUAACUCAUCAAGACGACGACGUCGAGCCCUACAACAUCAUCCCCCUCAACAGCCACAUCGACCACCCUUCCCUCCGCUUCCCUGAGGUCCGCGCCGCCACCUCCGCCCUCCUCUCCGUCGGCGACCUCCGCCGUCCCCCACAAUGGCAACCCAAAAUGGACCUCCUUGACUGGCUCGCUCUCUUCUUCGGCUUCCAAAACGACAACGUCCGCAACCAACGCGAGCACCUCAUCCUCCACCUCGCCAACGCUCAGAUGCGACUCACCCCUCCCCCCGACAACAUCGACACACUCGACUCAACCGUUCUCCGCUUUUUCCGCAACAAACUCCUCCGCAACUACACCAAAUGGUGCUCUUUUUUGGGUACCAAACCCAACGUCUUUGUCUCCGACCGCCCCGACGCCUCCUCCGAUCACCGCCGCGAGCUCCUCUACGUUUCCCUCUACCUCCUAAUAUGGGGCGAAGCAGCGAAUCUUCGAUUCCUCCCAGAAUGCAUAUGCUACAUUUUCCAUCACAUGGCCAUGGACCUCAACAGAAUCUUGCAGCAGCAAGAGGAUCGCGCCUUCGAGCCUUCAAUUUCAGGGGAAAACGGGUUUCUCAAGUUCGUGGUGAAACCUAUUUACGAAGUGAUAAGGUCUGAGGUUGAGAGGAGCAGGAAUGGAACUGCACCUCAUUGUAAAUGGAGAAAUUACGAUGAUAUAAACGAGUAUUUUUGGAGUAGAACUUGCUUUGAGAACCUCAAGUGGCCUAUUAAUGUUGGAUGCAGUUCCUUUUUCGGUGCGAGGAAGUGUAAGUCUGGGUUUGUUGAACAAAGGUCAUUUUGGAACGUGUUUCGGAGUUUUGAUAGGCUCUGGGUGAUGUUGAUUUUGUUCCUUCAAGCAGCUGUUAUUGUUGCUUGGGAGGAUAGGGCCUAUCCUUGGUAUGCUUUGGAGGAUCGUGAUGUGCAGGUUCGGAUUUUAACCAUUUUCUUCACAUGGAGUGCUUUGAGGUUUCUGCAAUCUUUGCUUGACAUAGGGAUGCAAUGCAGGUUGGUUAGGGAGACACCGAGGCUUGGAGUGAGGAUGUUGCUGAAAACCAUCGUUGCUGCGGGAUGGGUCUUUGUCUUUGCUGUGUUUUAUAGGAAGGUAUGGUUGCAGAGAAACCAUGACAGGAAGUGGUCUGCUCAAGCAAAUAAGCGGCUGGUGAAUUUUCUUGAGGUUGCUUUUGUUUUCGUCGUUCCGGAGCUUCUAGCUUUAGCCCUUUUUAUACUUCCUUGGGUUAGAAAUUUUAUUGAGAAUAGGGAUUGGAGGGUUUGUUACAUGUUAUCGUGGUGGUUUCAGAGUAGUACUUUUGUUGGUCGAGGAUUGAGAGAAGGUCUUAUAGAUAACAUUAAGUACACCUUGUUUUGGGUUGUGGUGUUGGCCUCCAAAUUUUGUUUCAGUUACUUUUUGCAGAUUAAACCAAUGAUUGCUCCAUCAAAGGCAGUGUGGGACCUUAAGGAUAUUGAUUAUGUAUGGCAUGAGUUUAAUCAAAAUGGUAACGUAUUUGCUCUUGGGUUAUUGUGGCUUCCGGUUGUUUUGAUUUAUCUAAUGGAUAUUCAGAUUUGGUAUUCGGUAUAUUCAUCUUUGGUUGGGGCAGCUGUCGGUUUGUUUGCACACUUGGGCGAGAUUCGAAGUAUGCAACAGCUAAAGUUGAGGUUUCAGUUUUUUGUUAGUGCAGUUCUGUUUAAUCUAAUGCCAGAGGAGCAGUUGUUGAAUGCAAGGCGAACAUUGAGUAGCAAAUUUAAGGAUGCAGUCCGCAGGAUGAAGCUUAGGUAUGGGCUUGGUCAGCCCUAUAGGAAGCUUGAGUCUAACCAGGCUGAGGCCAACAAGUUUGCUUUGAUAUGGAAUGAGAUAAUUGUGUCUUUCAGGAAGGAGGAUAUCAUAUCUGACCGAGAGGUUGAGCUGCUGGAGCUGCCGAAGAACUCUUGGAAUGUCAGGGUUAUUCGUUGGCCAUGUUUUCUUCUCUGCAAUGAGUUGCUACUGGCGCUCAGUCAGGCCAAAGAACUAGCUGAUGCUCCUGAUAAGAGGCUUUGGAGGAAGAUCUGCAAGAAUGAAUUCAGGCGAUGUGUUGUCAUUGAAGCAUAUGACUGCAUCAAGCACUUGCUUCUUGAGAUUAUCAAACCUGAUAGUGAAGAGCAUUCUAUUGUGAUGGUUAUGUUUCAAGAAAUUGAUCACUCUCUUGAGAUUGGGAAAUUCACUAAAAUAUUCAAAACGACUGCACUUCCCCAUCUCCACAACAGGUUGAUAAAACUUGUUGAGUUGUUAAACAAGACAAAAAUAGAUCCUAACCAAUUGGUGAACACCCUUCAGGCCCUUUAUGAGAUUGCUAUCCGAGAUUUUUUCAAGGAUAAAAGAAAUUAUGAACAGCUUAGGGAGGAUGGUUUGGCUCCACAAGAUCCAGCUUCUUCUGAGAUUCUACUUUUUGAAAAUGCCUUUCAGUUGCCUGAUACCAUUAAUGAGAAUUUUUAUCGCCAGGUUCGGCGCUUGCAUACCAUCCUUACCUCCAGGGAUUCAAUGCAAAACAUACCAAUUAAUCUAGAAGCUAGACGGCGGAUUGCUUUCUUCACAAACUCACUUUUUAUGAACAUGCCACAUGCUCCCCAAGUUGAGAAAAUGAUGACUUUCAGUGUUCUAACCCCUUACUAUAGUGAAGAAGUAGUUUACAGUAAGGAACAGCUCAGAAGUGAGAAUGAAGAUGGGAUCUCAAUCCUUUACUAUUUGCAGACUAUAUAUGCUGAUGAGUGGAAGAAUUUUAUGGAGAGGAUGCGGCGGGAAGGGAUGAUGAAAGACAAUGAUAUAUGGACUGAUAAACUUAGAGAUUUGAGGUUCUGGGCAUCCUACAGGGGUCAGACACUAUCGCGGACUGUUAGAGGAAUGAUGUACUACUAUCAGGCCCUCAAGCUUUUGGCUUUUCUGGAUUCCGCAUCAGAAAUAGAGAUUCGAGAAGGCUCAUGUGAACUUGGUUCGAUGAAGCAAGAUAGUUUAGACGGUUUCCAUUCAGCAAGUUUGUUAUUCAAAGGCCAUGAUUAUGGGACUGCUUUAAUGAAAUUCACAUAUGUGAUUGCUUGCCAGAUAUAUGGAGCUCAGAAGGCAAAAAAGGACCCCCACGCUGAUGAAAUUUUGUAUCUAAUGAAAAACAAUGAAGCCCUUCGAGUUGCCUAUGUUGAUGAGGUUCCCACAAGGAGGGAUGAGAUGGAGUAUUACUCUGUACUUGUUAAGUACGACCAACAAUUGGAGAGGGAGGUGGAAAUUUACCGUGUAAAGUUGCCAGGUCCCAUAAAACUAGGAGAAGGAAAGCCAGAAAAUCAAAACCAUGCCAUCAUCUUCACUCGUGGGGAUGCAGUUCAGACUAUUGAUAUGAACCAGGACAACUACUUUGAGGAGGCACUUAAAAUGCGGAAUCUCUUGGAAGAAUACAGUCAUUACUAUGGUAUUCGGAAACCUACUAUUUUGGGAGUGAGGGAACACAUUUUUACUGGUUCCGUUUCCUCUCUUGCCUGGUUCAUGUCAGCUCAGGAAACAAGUUUUGUCACCUUGGGACAGAGGGUAUUGGCAAAUCCUUUGAAAGUUCGAAUGCAUUAUGGCCAUCCUGAUGUUUUUGACAGGUUUUGGUUCAUAACUAGAGGUGGUAUCAGUAAAGCUUCCAGAGUGAUCAACAUAAGCGAGGACAUUUUUGCUGGCUUUAACUGUACUCUUCGCGGAGGUAACGUCACACAUCAUGAAUACAUUCAGGUUGGAAAGGGAAGGGAUGUUGGGUUGAACCAAAUAUCAAUGUUUGAAGCGAAGGUUGCCAGUGGAAAUGGAGAGCAAGUCCUGAGCAGAGAUGUCUAUAGAUUGGGUCAUAGGCUGGAUUUUUUCCGGAUGCUAUCAUUCUUCUACACUACAGUUGGAUUCUUUUUCAAUACAAUGAUGGUGGUUUUUACCGUAUAUGCAUUUUUAUGGGGCCGAUUAUUUCUUGCUCUUAGUGGUGUUGAAGCUGCUAUGGAAAUAAACAGCAAUAAUAAUAAAGCGCUUGGUACUAUCUUGAAUCAGCAGUUCAUCGUCCAACUCGGGCUUUUCACUGCCCUUCCAAUGAUUGUCGAGGAUUCCCUUGAGCAUGGGUUCCUUCAAGCUAUCUGGGAUUUCCUGACGAUGCAGCUCCAGCUUUCAUCAGUUUUCUACACAUUCUCUGUGGGUACGCGUAGCCAUUUCUUUGGCCGGACUAUCCUGCACGGAGGGGCAAAAUAUCGAGCUACUGGUCGUGGUUUUGUUGUAGAGCACAAGAGUUUUGCAGAAAACUACAGACUCUAUGCACGUAGCCAUUUUGUGAAAGCAAUUGAAUUGGGGCUUAUACUGAUGAUUUACGCAUCACACAGUACUAUAGCAACUGACACAUUUGUUUAUAUAGCCAUGACCAUCUCUAGUUGGUUCUUAGUUGCAUCAUGGAUUAUGGCACCUUUUGUGUUCAAUCCUUCUGGUUUUGAUUGGUUAAAAACUGUUUAUGAUUUUUAUGACUUCAUGAAUUGGAUUUGGUACCGUGGAAGGGUGUUUGCUAAAGCUGAAGAGAGCUGGGAAAAGUGGUGGUACGAAGAGCAGGAUCAUCUAAGGGUAACUGGCUUUCGGGGGAAGCUUUUGGAGAUAAUUUUAGACCUUAGGUUCUUCGUCUUCCAGUAUGGUAUUGUCUACCAGCUAGGCAUAGCUGCUGGAAGUACCAGUAUUGCUGUUUACUUGCUAUCUUGGAUUUAUGUGUUUGUCGUAUUUGGGAUUUGUGUGGUGGUAGCAUAUGCCCGAAACGAAUACGCAGCAAAACACCAUAUUUAUUAUCGGUUGGUCCAGUCCAUUGUCAUAGUUAUUGCCAUAAUUGUGAUAGUUGCUUUACUGGAAUUCACUGAAUUCAAAUUCAUGGACAUUUUUACUAGCUUGUUGGCAUUCAUUCCCACAGGCUGGGGCCUGAUAUUGAUCGCUCAAGUAUUCCGGCCAUGUUUGCAGUACUCCAUAAUUUGGAAAGGUGUUGUUUCCUUGGCUCGUCUAUAUGAUAUAUUAUUUGGAGUCAUUGUUAUGGCCCCUGUGGCACUACUUUCAUGGUUGCCUGGGUUUCAGGCUAUGCAAACCAGAAUUCUGUUCAAUGAAGCAUUCAGUAGGGGCUUGCAGAUAUUCCAGAUUGUUACAGGAAAAAAACCCUCAAGUUGA